CAGUGCCGCGGGGUGGUGAGGAGCCUGCCCUGGGGCAGCCAGGGAAGGCACCCACUCAAACUCAAUAUGCUAUUUUGGAGGAAAUAGCCUUUUUCGUCCAAGUCCCAGCUGAUGUUUUCGGAAAAACAGUAGUUCUGCUGUUCAGCAAGUCAGUGUAAAAGUGGUAUUGUGUGCAGCAGUGGAAGCUCAUCGCAGGGGCUGGAGUCGAGGGGAGUGCAGUCACGUGCACAUUUGUGUGUUUGCUUGAAUUUUCAUCCGUCUGACACUGUCUGUUCCUUGAAAUGGAUUCUGCUCAGAUUCACGUCGUCUUCAGGCUGUUUGUGCUAAAGGUGUACGUGUUGAACGGGCAGGAAUAUGUCAGUGCCUGCCCAGCUCACCUGGCUGGGCUGUGUGCAGGCCAACGCACGUGGCUUUCUUCAGAGAGAUGAACAUCAGGCUGUGCUUUCAUUCCCGUGCGUGAAGAAAGCAGAGAAGAGAGUGGGAUUUAAUUUCUCCCCACCUCUUGGGGAGCUCCCGCACGGGUGGUCUACGGACUGCAUGCCUUGCUAGCAAUGCACUCAUCCAGGGGUGGAUUCUGCUCUUUGCAGGCCGUGUGGCAGGAGGCGAUGCAGGCAAAGCCACCGCUCGCCCUCCUUCUGUACUCACACGGCACGGUGACCAUGAGGGGUAGGGGCACGUUACUAAGUUAUUUAAUCUUCAGGUUAGGGAGAAAUAAAGAAGCAAUGUUACUUCUUUCCUGAAUUUCCUUCCCUCUGAAUUGUUUAACCUUUCAAACCUUUUCAUUGCGGCAAAUAUUGCCAGCCCAAGUUCUGAGUAGGUGUUUUUUUUUUUUUCCAGUUUAUAUAGCUUUUUUGUGAGAUUGGAUAGGAUAUUAAAAAAUAAUAAUAAAAAACCCAAACAUGAGUGAUCUCUCUUCCUCUAGUUAUUUGAAAGGUUGUAUUAACUCUACUCAUAUUUCGUAAUUUCCUUGGCAGUUGACUAUGAAAUUUGACCUAUUUAAAUGGUUUUACUGUACUACAUUUCCUGGAGACCUUUCAAGAUAAUUUGCUUCCUAAUCUAAAUUUAACAGUUACAUAAACCACGUUUUGGAGACUUGGAGAUUUCUACCUACUGCCUCUGCUUUUUUUUUUUUGCACGUAGACAAGCCAUAUCAAGUACAAAAGUUUAGUCUGAGAUUUGCAUGUAGCUUGUCAUUUUUUUUACAUACGUAGAUGCUGUUUUUCUUUUUAACAAGACAGAGAAAGUAGGUUAUUUUUCAUCCCACUUGAAAGUUUCCUUAGAAGCGUGGCCAGUUCCGUUUUGAUCAGUCUAUUUUAAAAUGUAAAGAAAUAAAAAUCUCACCGCCCGAGUGUGUGUUUGUGUUACAGCUCAUUGAAUUUCUUGGUUUCCUCUUCCUUCUGUACAGGUCUUCACAGGUACUGAACCUCUCACGUACGUGUUGAACCCUUCUAUUCGACAGAGUGAAGCCGGGAAGGAAGGACUUAUUCCCUGGAGGUUCUGUUUUGUUCAGAAAUCCCAUAUGGAUUUAAGGAUUCAUUUUGUAUGCUUGUCUCUGGUGUCUCUCGCGUAAUACGCUGUGUAAGUUUGGGCUCAGUGAUACCUCAUCCUUCUUUCUGCUGCCUCUGUUAGUGGUGCGCGAUGCCGAGAGAUGUGUCAGGACAAGAGGAUAAACUCCUAGUGCUUUAUUUGGAUGCGUCAGGAUGAAACGCCACAGGCAUCUGAGCACCAGUGACAGUUCAGACAAUGAGAGUCCUUCCACUUCCUUUUCUUCUUGUUCUAAAUACAGGAGCAAGUCAAAAACACCAGCAAAUGAACAAAAGAAACCUGCUGAGGUGUUCCGCAAAGAUCUCAUUAGUGCCAUGAAACUACCGGAUUCUCACCAUGUUAACCCCGAUGAAUAUUAUGUCUUUGCGGACACAUGGAAACAGGAAUGGGAGAAAGGAGUCCAAGUUCCAGCCAGUCCAGAAACAAUUCCACAGCCUUCUCUCAGGGUUGUAGCAGAAAAAGUAAAAGAAGUACUGUAUACACGACCCAGGAAGUACAUCCACUGUUCCAGCCAAGAGCCCACAGAACCAGGUUACAUCAACAUUUUGGAACUGGCAGAAUCUGUGUGUCGCUAUGACUUGGAUGAUAUGGACAUCUUUUGGCUCCAGGAGCUAAACGAAGAGCUUACUGAAAUGGGAUGCGGGCCCCUGGAUGAAAACACAAUGGAAAAGACGAUUGAAGUGCUGGAACGGCACUGUCAUGAGAACAUGAAUCAUGCAAUUGAGACUGAAGAAGGACUGGGCAUAGAGUACGAUGAAGAUGUCAUCUGUGAUGUGUGCCGGUCCCCUGACAGUGAAGAUGGGAAUGAUAUGGUGUUUUGUGACAAGUGUAAUAUCUGUGUCCAUCAGGCGUGCUACGGAAUCUUAAAAGUCCCUGAAGGGAGCUGGCUGUGCCGCACCUGCGUUCUGGGGAUACAUCCUCAGUGCUUAUUGUGUCCCAAACGAGGAGGUGCCAUGAAAGCCACCAGGACAGGGACCAAGUGGGCACACGUGAGCUGUGCCCUCUGGAUUCCAGAGGUUAGUAUUGCUUGCCCAGAAAGGAUGGAGCCGAUCACAAAGGUGUCUCACAUUCCACCAAGUCGAUGGGCUUUAGUGUGUAGUUUAUGCAAACUGAAAACUGGUGCUUGCAUUCAGUGCUCCGUGAAAAGCUGCAUCACUGCCUUUCAUGUCACCUGUGCCUUCGAGCAUAGCUUAGAGAUGAAGACUAUCCUGGAUGAUGGGGAUGAGGUCAAGUUCAAGUCGUAUUGUCUAAAGCACAGCAAGAACAAACAGAAUUCGCUGCCUGACGUUGAUGAGCAUCCCAAAAGUAUGUCAGACCAGAAGCAAACGGAGAGCGAGAAAACCAGUUUGCGAGCCCAGAAACUCCGAGAGCUGGAAGAAGAGUUUUACUCACUCGUUAAAGUGGAGGAUGUUGCAGCAGAACUUGGUCUUCCUAAACUUGCUGUAGACUUCAUCUACAAUUACUGGAAAUUAAAGCGAAAAAGUAACUUUAACAAACCAUUGUUUCCUCCCAAGGAGGAUGAAGAAAAUGGCUUAGUGCAGCCAAAAGAAGAUAGCAUUCAUACUCGCAUGAGGAUGUUCAUGCAUUUGAGGCAGGACCUAGAGAGGGUAAGAAAUCUCUGCUACAUGGUAAGCAGGAGAGAGAAACUGAAGUUGUCUCACAGUAAAGUACAUGAACAGGUCUUCAAUUUGCAAGUCCAGCUCAUUAAUCAGGAAAUUGCUGCAGGCCAUACCCUGACAAGUGCACUAGAGAACACACUGUUCUACCCACCUCCCAGGAUCACCCUGAAGUUAAAAAUGCCCAAAUCAGCACUAGGAGAUUGCAAAAAUAACUCGCUGAAGCCUGGCAACAGACCGCUCUCUCCUGACAACAACAGCACUGUGUACAGCAAAAGGAGCGUGCCGAUGUCAAAGGAACCCUACGAAAUCAAAGCGAAAUCGUACUCCAGGUAUCAGCACGACAGCAGAAGCAACGGGUUGCUUGUCACGGGGGGGAUCGGCAAGCCUCGCAGCGAGGCGAAGGAUUCUGGCCCCGUGCAGGUGCCGGAGUUUCACCGGGGCCAGCCGUCCGGGAAGCCCCUUGCGCUGCAGGCGGCCCUGCACGGACAGGCUUCCAUCGGGAACGGGCGGGCGCAGCAGGAGAACUCGCGGCUGGCGGCCAAGUCCAACGGGCUGAUGCUGGGCAGGGCUGGGGACGUGAGCCAGAGGGACAGCUCCAGCCAGACGCCCUACGAGCAGGAGUCCGUGCUCGCAGCUCAUUUGGCCAGCCAGAGCGGCUUCAGGAAAUCCACCAUAGAACAUUUUAGCCGGUCCUUCAAAGAGGCUACCAACAGUCUGGUGAGGACCACGGAAGAUCUCCGGUGCUGUGAAAAGCCAACGAGAAGACUCGCGACGAAAGACCGCUUGUGGAGCAAGCAGACGCUCGAAGGUGCUCCGUACCAGGACAACGACGGGUACUGUCCCGACUUAGAGCUGAGUGACUCUGAAGCAGAAAGUGACGAAAAUAAAGAGCAAGUGAGGUUACGACGGAGUAGCUCGGAGAGAGAAAGCCCAAGUAAGGACUUCGGAAGAGAUUGUCACAAUAGAAACAAAAAGAAUAUGAUUUCUCACGGUUCGGUACAAAGGUGAUUAGAAGCCCCCACGGGGUAACUCAGCCUUUAUGUAUUCCGGUGUACCAGUGCAAAGCUCAGCAUCAACAGGUUCCAGAAACCAGUACAGGACCUACGACAGGAAGAACUGCAGGAGGGGAUGGGGGAGGGCGGAGAAAUGGGAGUCGUUUUGUUCAACUGUGAAUUGGCUUGCAGCCUUCGCAAGGCUAACCGAGUUACUGCAGAGUCGCGUAGAAAUGGACGGGGUUUAUUAGAGGUUAACAUCUGGGGAAGCGUGAGGCGGUUGGGCCUUGCGUAAAUUCAGGAAACUGCUUCCUCCUUGCCAGCUUGUGUGCGAGGCAAGAUGCUCACGCUAUGUCAGCCGUGUGGCGCUGGACAGGUAAUAAAGGAGUCCUUGCAUUGCUCGAGCCCGUUGCAGGGGGCUGCAGACGGAGACGCUGAAACCGCGUCCUUACAGCACCUGCCGCGUGGCGUUGAUCCAGCAAGGCACUUGGGGACGCGUGAGAAAGCUGAGCGCAUGAAAAACCCUGCUGCUUUCCCUCGGGUGGCCCAGCCCAUGCCCAAGUGCUCUGCUGGAUCAGGCCCAAAGCGACUACUAAGCGACGGCUCCUUCCGCGCGGGGCCUCGAACGGCGGUGGCAUUUGCAGGCUCCUUGCGGAGGGUGGAAGCCGGCGUCGCUGGCGCUGCCAAACUCACUGACCUCUAGAUGUGCCCCCGGUCCCUGCUCUUGCUGAAGGUCGUGUUUCUCUUUGCAAUUAUUUGCUUAUUUUGUAAAUAUACAACUUCUAGUACUUCAUUUUUUUUUAAUCUCUGUACAUAGUUGCUUGUUGUGGGAUGCACUUGUAAAUAUUUUACCCAGCUAACAAGUACAGAUGGCUAAUUUUGUGGAUAGUGUUUACAAAAGUAGAUGUACUACUUCAAAGAAAAAUGCUAUUUGACACUUAAAUUUAGGCAAUCACCGGUGAUGCCAGGUUCCUCUUGAAACUGAAAUUUCACAUCCGGAGGUGUUUGUACCUGGUGUUUUUAAAAUAAGAUGAAUUAGAAAUAAUUUUGCCUGAACUUUUUAUUUAGGCACGAAUUUUCAACCCUAGCUGCCUCAAUGUGGGCUUAGGAGCCCCACUUCUGGCAUCUAGGCCUGUGAAAUUUUAGCCAGUCAUCAUUUGGAGUAUGUUUUUUUUAUUGCUGAUAAUUUAUGGUUACGUUAAGCUGCUUUUCAACCUCUGGAUCAGUUGCUGUUUCCCAAACUAAAACUUUUUUUUUUUAACGUGCUUUAAAAUCAGUUGUUAACCAGCGUUUAAACUUCAACCUCUGUUGAGGAAGCGAGAAGGGAGGGGAAACCCUUUUCGGUUUGUUUAUUUUAUCUGGGAUUUCUGUUUGAAUGCGGACAAAUUUCUUGUGUUCUAGACCGUGUUGUGUUGAUCAACAAAGUAACCGCACUGUUCUUCUCUGAAAUGCCGUACGUUUCAUAAAUCCACAGCAUCCUCUGUCCCCACGUCACCAGCUGAGCUGGGACAUGGGCUGCAUAGGGCAUCCUGCACGCCUCUGUUCAGAUGGGGGCUCAUUUUCCCUACAAAUGAAAGGUUCACACCCGGUGUCACGAUGACUAUGCAGAAGCCAAACAGCAUGUUUUUCUUCUCCAUUAUCUUAAUUUACUGCUUUUAGUUUGGGAAAUAACAACGCUCUUAGAUUUGGUUUAAGCUUUGAAAUCUCCCUCGUUGCAAUAGGACUAGCAAGUCAGGGGCUGGAGGGCUUUAAUGAAAUAAAAAAACCAUGAAACGGCAUCCUUAGCAAUCCUGCUCUAUUUGCUUCAUGCAGUUUCUUUUUUUUUUUCUCCCCACUUCUUGAUUUUAUGUAUAUUUGUGUAAUUUGUCUCUCUAGAGCUGUAUCUUCAAAAUUAUUUCUUUUGGUGUAAAUAUGCAGUAGCAUUUUAGGUUUCCACAUAUUUUAUUUUAAUGGGAAAUGCUUUGUGUUCUAAGCCAUGGGUCAUUCAGAAUAAGUAAACAAAUGUUUGUUCAUUUGUAUUCCAGUUCUGACUCUCUUAGUUUUCCUUCGAUAUUUAUUAGUAAUCCUCUUACUGGUCACAAAAUUUUAUGAAGCUUGCGUUGGGAACACUUACGUGGGAGGCUGGCAAAGCGUUCAUGCCAUUUUGUGGCCAGAAGCAUAUGGCGGAGGGGAGGAAAAUGGUGCUUCAGCAAAACUCAGCAUUUCUGCUCUUCUGGGGUUAUUAAUUCAGUUGUUUCCCGCCUGGGCAAUGGUUUUGCUAAUUUUUACAUGAUUUUAAUAGAUAUAUGAAGGAGCCCUUGGUUAUGUAGUUCUCAAGUAUUGUCCCCAAAGUGCAUUUGCUAGUUUUUAUUGUGUGUUCGGUGGCUAACUGUUUGAAGUAUUACCUCUUAACCUUAUUUGUCAUUUUUUUGUGUUUUUGCAUUUUGUUUUAUAUAUAUAAAUAUAUAUAUAUUCAAUUUUCCAAGAUGGACUCGGUCUUUUUCAGAUGUCCCCUUUUUACAAGUACUUUUUCAUUAAAUUAUGAAACUGCUAACAGU